AUGGCCGAGCUGCUGCGGAGCCUGCAGGAUUCCCAGCUCGUCGCCCGCUUCCAGCGCCGCUGCGGGCUCUUCCCGGCGCCUGAUGAAGGUGCCCGAGAGGACGACGCGAGCCCCGUGGAGGGCGCGGCGCGGGCGCCCGGGGUGGGUCAUCACCCCACGGCCAACGGCAAGGGCGGCGGGGGACCGGCCAAUCGGCCGCGCAGAGUCCCGGCCCCGCAGGCUUAUGAACAGAAGUACGUUGUGAAGAAUUAUUUCUACUAUUAUCUGUUCAGAUUUUCAGCCGCUUUGGGUCAAGAGGUGUUCUUCAUCACGUUUCUUCCGUUCACGCACUGGAAUAUUGACCCUUACUUAUCCAGAAGGCUGAUCAUCAUAUGGGUCCUGGUGAUGUACGUCGGCCAGGUGGCCAAGGAUAUCCUGAAGUGGCCCCGCCCCUUCUCCCCGCCGGUGGUGCAGCUGGAGACCAGAGUGGUGGCGGAGUACGGGAUGCCGUCCACCCACGCCAUGGCGGCCACCGCCAUCUCCUCCACGCUCCUCCUCUCUACGAUGGACAGGUACCAGUAUCCCUUCCCGGUGGGGCUGACGAUGGCCGUGGUGUUCUCCACGCUGGUGUGUCUCAGCAGGCUCUACACCGGGAUGCACACGGUCCUGGAUGUGCUGGGUGGCGUCCUGAUCACCGCCGUCCUCAUCGUCCUCACCUACCCCGCCUGGACCCUGAUGGACCGCCUGGAGUCGGCCAGCCCGCUCUUCCCCGUGUGUGCCAUCGUGGUGCCUUUCCUCCUGUGCUACAAUCACCCCGUGUCUGACUUCUACAGCCCGACCAGGGCGGACACCACCACCAUUGUGGCCGCCGGGGCCGGGGUGACCAUAGGGUUCUGGAUCAACCAUUUCUUCCAGCUCGUGUCCGAGCCCGUGGGCGCGCUGCCGGCCCUCCAGCGCAUCCCCCCGCUCACCGCCGACAUGCUGGUCUUGGGUCUGACCAAGUUCACGGUGGGCAUUGUGCUGAUUCUCCUGGUUCGGCAGCUCGUACAGAACCUCUCACUGCAGGUGCUGUACUCGUGGUUCAAGGUGGUCGCCAGGAACAAGGAGGCCCGGCGGAGACUGGAGAUCGAAGUGCCUUACAAGUUUGUCACCUACACGUCCGUUGGCAUCUGCGCUACCACCAUGGUGCCCAUGCUGCACAGGUUCCUGGGAUUGCUCUGAGCCUCCGGCCGCUGGAAAUGAGCCCGCUGACCAGGAGCCGGGACGCAGGAGUGUUGUUGGGUGGGCAAGUCUUAACAGCACAUUUUAUUUUGAAAAAAUUCUUUGAGUCACAUGUUUCGCGGAUACCCUGCUGUGUGAAGGGGAGCAGGGAGCAGGGUCUCGUAGGAGCCUUGGGUCUGGAAGGCUCAUGCUGCAGGGGAAGCCAGGCUGAACCCACCAUCAGGUUCCUGAAGGGUUCCCACCCUGUCUGCUAACUCAGAUCGAGACCAGGUCACGGACUGGCAGGGAUGGUGGGGUUUGGGAGCACCCAGAAGCCCCCCUGUGCUCUGGAGAGAGGGGCGGGACCUGAGAAACCAGGGUUAGAGCAUUUCUGCUCAGUUACAACCUUGCCCAGCACUGAGGCUCACUUUCCGGGAGAAAGGGGUGGCACCCUGUGACACUGCAUUCCUUGCACUGGGUGACUUUGUUGUCAUUAUGAUCAAAUUGGGCAGCCCGCUUGGGGGGUACGAGCACUCAGACCUCACUGUGAGGCCGUGAAAGGCAGGACAAAGCUGGGAGGUCCUAGGCAAGAGCCCGGGUCCCUCGAGCAUCCCAGACUCUGUGGGUCUGAGUAUUGAAACGAGGAUCUGCCCCCCCUUGCACACCUUUUGUGGGAUUCCAGGAACCACCACUACACUCCUCUGACCCAAGACCCCGACCAGCUGCUCCCACUGCGACAGGCAGGUGGGGGUCAGCCUACGCCUGGCUUCUCUGUGUGUCCUGCUCUCCUGCUUCAGUCCUGCCCGUGUUCGGCUUUGUCUGCUUCCUUCCAAGCUGUCGCCUGCACGUACGAGCGGAUCAGCAGGGGAACAGAGCACCUCCUCUCC